AUGAAUUCGUUUUCCCUGCCGUUUUGCGUGGUGCUAAUGCUGCCGUUUGCAAUUUCGCUCGACUUCCGGGUCGUCUGCAAGUGGGAAAGGGUGGUUUUCGAGCUGCCGCAGGGCGACCAAGCCUCACAAAACUCACCCCUAGUACCAACGAGCAUCGCUGUGGACGGGGAAAGGGUGUUCAUGGGCCUCGAGAACGCUGGCAUGACCGUGCCAGCCACCCUGGUCACCUUCAACCUCCCCUACGACCACGACGCAACCCCCACCGCACCCAAACUUCAACCCUAUCCCUCCAUGGAAAUGCAGGGUGAAUCGAGGAAGGCCCUGAAAAACGUCCAGGCGCUGCAGGUGGACACGCUCUGCUGCCUUUGGGUGCUGGACAGCGGCAGGUGGGACGACCCUGAAAACGCCAGGGGAAAGGUGCUGGUGUUCAACCUGAGGAACGACCUCUCGUUCACCUACGAAUUCCCUGACUCGGUCUGGAAGGGUGGCAUCAGCUUCCUGGCAGACAUGGUGCUCGACAGGACGUCCGACGACCUGCUUGUGUACGUGGCCGACGCGUCCGGCGGCCUCAUCGUCUUGAGUGCGAUCAAAAACAGGGCGUGGCGCGUCCAGCACCAGGCCAUGAGCGCCUCCAACAUGUUCUCGGCAGACGGCGUCACCACGCUCGCCCUCUCGCCGCGUCGCAACAGGAAUUUGCUCUAUUUCAGCAGGAGAAGCUCCAAAGAAUUUCUGGCAGUGCCUGUGUCCGAGCUGCGGUCAAAAAGCGAAAAUUUGACAGUGACAGAAAUUAGUAAGCUGCCGUCUAGCGUGUGGAGAAUCGCCGUGGACAGCAAGGGAAUCUUGUACUUCCAUCUGCGCGCUAGAACGGUCGUCGACUCCUGGGACUCGUUGAAUGAUGCUUUCUCCUUCAGGGAAAACCCAGUUUACCAGAACAAAAACCUGAGCAAUUUCCCGUACAUCACGUUUUCCUUUGACAAGUUGGAAAACCUUUGGAUGCUGGUCAAGGAGGACAAGGACUUCAAAUUAGUCAGGGCAGCGAUCGGAGCAAAGUCCUACAUUUAUAACGAUUAA